AUGGGACUUUUCAGUACAUCCACAAAAGAGGAACCCUCGGCCCCGACAGCACCUGUCGACCAGGUUAAUGACAGGCCUGUCAAAGGAGAUGCAGAGGUCGGUGAGCUGCAAGAAGAGAAUAAGUAUGCUUACGACGAUUCGCGGAAGCUGGGAGUCACUGGUGCCGUGUUCCUCAUCCUUAACAAAAUGAUUGGCACUGGUAUCUUCUCGACUCCAUCCAGCAUCUUUGCUGCGACAGGAUCUGUUGGCGUGAGCUUGAUGUUGUGGGUGAUUGGCGGCUUCCUCACCUUCUGUGGUUUAAGCGUCUGGCUCGAGUUUGGCCUUGCCAUUCCCCGUUCCGGCGGUGAAAAGAACUACCUUGAAUACAUUUACCGCCGCCCGAGAUACCUCGCUACCUGCGUCCUGGCCGCACAAAUGAUCUUGCUCGGCUUCUCAUCGGGCAACUCCCUCGCGUUUGGUCGUUACAUCCUCUACGCCACAGGCAACGAGCUAAAGGAUAGCUACAAGGCUCGUGGCAUUGGUGUUACCUGUGUCACCUUCGCCGUGGUUCUGCACUCCGUCACCCCAAAAUGGGGUAUCCGGCUGUUCAACGUGCUUGGAAUUUUCAAGGUCGCUGUGCUGAUCUUCAUCGUUUUCUCCGGAUUCGCAGCGCUGGCUGGUCAUCGUUUGGUGCCGGAUCCGCAUAACUUUGACAAUGCUUUCCGGAUCGAGAGCGGCAAGGGAUAUGGUGGUGGUGGCGCGUAUGCCUACUCCAAUGCCCUUCUCAACAUCGUUUACAGUUACAAGGGCUGGGAGAAUGCCAACUACGUACUGGGCGAAAUCAAGAACCCGCGUCGGACGCUGAUGAUUGCGGCGCCCCUGGCUGUUGGUGGGGUCACUAUUCUGUAUGUGCUGGCCAAUGUGGCCUACUUCGCCACCAUCCCGAAGUCGGACCUAGCUACCUCUGAAGUAAUCGUCGCUGGCCUGUUCUUCCGCAACGUCUUUGGCUCCAGUGCUGGUGCUCGUACCCUUCCCGCAUUUGUCGCGCUCAGCAACCUCGGCAACGUCCUUGCCGUUAGUUUUGCGCAUGCGCGUCUGAACCAAGAACUUGGAAAAGAGGGAUUGCUGCCGUUGAGUCGCCUUUGGGGAUCUAACAAACCAUUUAACUCGCCUGCUGCUGCGCUCUUUCUCCACUGGCUCGUCACAGUCCUCGUCCUUCUCGCGCCUCCCCCUGGCCCGGCGUACAACUUCAUCGUCAAUCUCUACACCUACCCCGGUGCCUGGAUCAACAGCUUCGUCGCCGCCGGUCUCAUCUACCUGCGGUACCAGAAGCACGAGCCAUGGAAUCCGGGAUGGCGUACAUGGCUGCCCAUCCCAGUAAUCUUCCUGUUGUGCAAUAUCUUUCUGGCAAUUGUGCCGUUCAUCCCGCCAGCCGAUGGUGACUUCUGGGCGGAUGGUUACCCGUACUAUGUCUUCCCUGUCGUGGGCGUUGGUGUCCUAAUCCUGGGCGGCAUCUACUGGGCUCUGUGGACCAAGAUCUGGCCCGCUAUCAAGGGACAUAAGAUUGUGGCGGAGAGAAUCAUUGACGAAGAGGAAGUGGAGGUGAUUCGAUAUCGUAAGGUAAAGACACGCGUGGAGUAA